AUGUAUGCUGUGACUGGUAGUGAUGAGGAUGACUGUUACCGGUGUUUCCCGCCCGACCCGGGCAUUGGUACUGCCGCGUCAGGUACUAGUGAGGCUGCUGCUCUAGGUGCCAGUGCGUCUGUGCUCUCAGGUGCUGGUGAGUCUGCCCUCUCAGGUACUGUGUCGGCUUCGGCCUCUCACACCUUCACCCUUGACUCUGGAGCGUCUCGCUCCUUCUUUAGGGACCGCACCACUCUCACGCCGCUGAGUCGGCCGGUUGCGGUGUCCCUGGCUGAUCCCUCUGGGGGGCCUGUCCUGUCUCGCUUCUCCACUGUCCUCCCGUGGGCGCCAGCGUGCUGCCCCUCACUCCUCCAGUUUCCUCCGACAGAGGCCCCGUUGCAGACGCUUCACAUGGACGUGUGGGGCCCAGCCCGCGUCCGUGGACAGGGUCAGGAGCGCUACUUCCUGCUGGUGGUUGACGACUAUUCGCGUUACACCACAGUCUUCCCCUUGCGCAGCAAGGGUGAGGUCACUGAGGUGUUGAUCGACUGGAUCCGCGUAGCUCGUCUCCAGCUUCGGAGGAGCUUUGGCUCUGACUUCCCUGUUUUGCGUCUGCACUCGGACAGAGGCGGAGAGUUCUCCUCUGGCCUCCUGAGUGCCUACUGUCGUGCGCGAGGCAUCCGUCAGACCUUCACGCUUCCGGACUCACCACAGCAGAAUGGGAUUGCUGAGCGCCGCAUUGGCAUGGUCAUGGACGUCGCUCGUACGUCCAUGAUGCAUGCGGCCGCUCCCCAUUUUCUGUGGCCGUUUGCGGUCAGGUACGCUGCGCACCAGAUCAACCUCCACCCCAGGGUCUCUCCACCGGAGACCUCCCCAGCCCUGCUGUGGACGGGGAAGGUUGGCGAUGCGUCGGCGUUCCGGGUCUGGGGAUCUCGGGCGUUUGUUCGCGACCUGUCUGCGGACAAGCUGUCCCCUCGUGCUUCUCCCUGCGUCUUCCUGGGGUUCCCCCCCGACGCCCCUGGGUGGCAGUUUUACCACCCCACCUCUCGACGUGUUCUGUCCUCCCAGGACGUCACGUUCGACGAGUCGGUACCCUACUACCGCCUCUUCCCCUACCGCACUCCGUCCCUCCCCCACCCCCGCUCUUCUUGGUACCAGGUCCCCCCCGGUAGUCCCCUCCCCCCUCAGGGUCUUGCCCCUUCAGGUGUGUCCCAGGUAGACGCGGUCGAGCCUGUCGAGGUCACUGGUGACUCUGGUGCUGCUGCGGGAGCUGAGCCUGGGGGUGCGGAGUCUGGGGGUGCUGAGCCUGGGGGUGCUGUGCCUGGGGGUGCUGAGCCUGGAGGUGCCGAGCCUGGGGGUGCUGUGCCUGGGGGUGCUGUGCCUGGGGGUGCUGAGCCUGAAGGCGCUGGUGGUUCUUCGGCUGCAGAGGGUACUGCUGCCGCGCGUCCCGCCGGUGCUCGUACUGUGGGUGCUGGAGCUGCUGGGUCUGAGAGUUCUCCUGGAGCUGGUACUGCUGAGGGUGUUGGCGCUGAGCCUGCCGUUGGCGGUCCGACUGACAGUGCUCUUGGUGCUGCUGCUGGAGGUUCUGGAGCUUCUGGUGGUGCUGCUGGAGGUGCUGCUGGAGUGGGUGCUCCUGCCGGGGCUGCUGGUGCUGUUCCUGCUGUUUCUAGCGUCGCCGCGCGGCCCCGACCGUACUUCGUUCCGCUCCUGCAGCAGGUUCUUGGUCUUACACCUCCUCCUCCUCCCUUAGAGGGUCCGCAGCCUGUCCGGUCACAGCCACAGCUACAGCCUGCCUCCCCUUUGCCUGCUCCUUCUCCCUACGCUGGUCCGACUGGAGUGGUCGCGGGUCGCGUCAGCGUCCUCCUCCGUCCCUGGCACGCACCGGAUGUCACUGCGUCCGUCCAUGCUCCUCUGCGUGCCCCUUUGCCUUCUCCUCCUGCUUCCUCUCUUCCUGCUCUUGCCGACCCGGAGUCGGACUCUCUUCGUGCUGCCAGUCCUACUGUCACGCGUCUCCUUGCUACUGCUGUCACUGACCCUUCCUUCGAGUCGUCUGCUGCGUCUGCCCUUGUCACUGAGCUUGUCGACUUUGCUGCGCGCUGUCGUCUAGACUACGCUGCUCGUCUUGUCACUGAGUUUGAGUCCGCCUGUCCUCCGUCCGUCGGGGAGGGUCCCUACUCCUCUCAGUGGCAGGCAGCUAUGGAUGCAGAGAUGGCUUCCUGGAAGUCCACAGGCACCUACGUUGACGCUGUUCCCCCUCCUGGGGCGAACAUCGUUAGUGGCAUGUGGAUUUUCAGGGUGAAGCGGCAGCCGGGUUCUCCGCCUGUCUUCAAGGCGCGUUACGUGGCUCGUGGCUUCAGUCAGCGGCAGGGGGUUGACUACUUUCAGACCUUCUCCCCCACCCCGAAGAUGACCACUCUUCGGGUUCUGCUGCACGUUGCUGCUCACCGUGACUACGAGCUACACUCUCUCGACUUCAGCACAGCUUUCUUGCAGGGCAGCCUGCACGAGGAGAUCUGGCUACGUCGCCCACCUGGCUUCACUGGGUCUUUCCCUCCUGGUACCCAGUGGAGUCUCCGGCGUCCAGUCUACGGUCUCCGCCAGGCGCCACGUGAGUGGCACGACACACAGAGGACUACGCUCGCGGCACUUGGGUUUGCUCCUUCUACUGCCGACCCGUCGCUGUUUCUGCGCACCGACACCUCUCUGCCGCCGUUCUACAUCCUCGUGUACGUCGACGACUUGGUCUUUGCCACAGGACACUGCUAG